AUGAGUCGACCUCAACUUCUGAGUCCGGCCGAGACCUUCGAGAAGUACGAACGACGUUCUCCAGCGUUCCACUCCCCGAUCCCGGCUACAUCAACACCAAACGAAAGUGUCAUCUUUGUGGGCGAUGUGGAUGCGUUGAGGCCAAGAGAAAGUAAGAUAAUUGACUAUUUUAUGGAAUUUUAUAUUGUUUAUGCUUGAAUACAUCAGUUUUUCAAGCAUUUUAGGUAAAGUUAUUACCUAUUUUUACCUUUAAUAGCCUAAAACAAUACAAAUCCUGUCUAAAACAAUAUAAAUCCUUUUAACUAUUUUUUAAAAACCGCUAAAAAUAAACUUACAUAAACCAAUUUAACAUCACUUCAGUCCCUUAUGGAUGGAUCAUCUGUAUCGCCUGUUGUGUACCUAUCUUCAUCAUCUUCGUGUUGGCUAUGGCAGUUUGGCUACAGGAAUUGGGGUGGAUAUGA